CGAGCGGGGGAGAGAGAGAGCAAAAGCGAGAAGCACACAUUGCUUCCCCAUUGCAGCUGUGAGAGGCAGGGAGAGAGGAGAGCUCUCAUCUGAUCAGCAGUAGUAACAAUACAGGGCUACAUACAUACUUGGCUGAAAGAUCAAUACAGUCGGCAAAAGAUGCUAGGAGAGUGAGAGAGAAGCCUCUUGGAGAUCAGUGUACAGCGAGAGAAAGGGACCGGCACCUGAGGGAAGAGAGAGAUAAACCAAGGGAAAUUGGGUGCAAGAUUAGACAUCGAACACAGGAGAACCACCGCUUGAAUUGAAGAUCCUAUCGGAAGUCUGCCGGUAAGCACGGUGGUGUCAGGAGAGCCCUAUCUCUAGGUACGAGGCUCUAACGCCGUGGUGGUUCACCAUGAGCCCUGUACGAGGCUGGCUGCUGGGCCAGGUUCUACUCCUUCUAGGGACCCAGGCUGCACUAUCCCCGUCCGGCGAGGAGGGGAAGCUGGUCCGGACCAUCAGGGUCAGACGACAGGCACCUUCAGAUGGCCCCACCAGCCAAUCUAACAACCAGACCAUCAAGGAGCAGCCAAUGGUCUUCAACCAUGUGUACAACAUCAACGUGCCCCUAGAGUCUCUGUGCUCAGUGGAUCUGGACUCAGCAGUGCCUCUACCUAGCCAGGCCACCAGAGCGGCUGUGUCCAGUGGGGGUGGGGAGGGCGCCACAGAGUUCACAGAGCAGACAGUGGACGCAGACAGCCAGGUCACCUUCACCCACCGCAUCAACAUCCCCAAACAGGCCUGCGCCUGUCCUACAGCCAACAUCGUGCAGCAGCUGGCCAUCCGCAUCGAAAUGCUGGAGAGAGAGGUGUUGCUGCUGAGAGCCCAGUGCAGCUCUGGCAACUGUGGCUGUGGGGAGAGUUCAGCCAUGGGACACCUGGACUAUAUUCCACAGUGCAGUGGCCAUGGCAGCUUCAAAAUGGACCUGUGUGGCUGUGUGUGUGAGGACGGCUGGACAGGCAAGAACUGCUCUGAGCCGCGUUGCCCAGACAACUGCUCCGGACAGGGAGUGUGUAUGGAGGGUGAGUGUGUCUGUGACCGUGACUUCGGGGGGGACAACUGCUCAGAGCCCCGCUGCCCGGCGGACUGCUCCGGUCGAGGGCUGUGCAUGGAUGGGGAGUGUAUCUGUGAGGAGAACUUCACUGGAGAGGACUGUACACUGGGUCGCUGCCUCAAUGACUGUUCUGACCAGGGCCUGUGCACCAACGGAACCUGCCAGUGUCGCCCGGGAUACGUAGGAGAAGACUGCUCCUUGGCCUACUGCGCCAACAACUGUAGUCAGAAGGGCAUUUGUAAAGAAGGCUUCUGUGUCUGCCAAGAUGGCUUCGUUGGAGAAGACUGCUCUGCAGUGGCUCCGGCUCUGAACCUGCGCAUGCGGGGAGUGACGGAGCAUACCAUUGACCUGGAGUGGGAGGGGUCAGUGUUGAUGACGGACUACCUGGUCACCUACGUGGCCACCAGCCCAGGUGGGGUCCAGCUGGAGAUCAGGAUCCCUGGGAACACCACCACCUGCAGUAUCCCAGACCUGGAGCCUGGCAUCGAGUACAACAUCAACGUCUACGCUGUGCUCAACAACGUCAUCAGUGCCCCUACCAACACUCAGGUGUCAACCUAUCUCUCAAAUCCAGACGGUUUACUCUUCAAAUCCAUCACAGAGACGUCAGUGGAGGUGCAGUGGCAACCUUUCUACUACUCCUUUGAUGGCUGGGAAAUAAGCUUCAUUCCCAAGGACAAUGAUGGAGGGAUGACAGCCCAGCUACCCAGCACCAUCACUUCGUUCCACCAGACAGGCCUGAGGCCAGGGGAGGAGUACACCGUCAACCUGGUAGCUCUGAGGGACCAAGGCCGCAGCCAGCCUGUAUCCGCCACCGUCACCACAUUGAUUGAUGGGCCGACACAGCUGAUAGUGCGUGAUGUCUCGGACUCGGUGGCCUUCGUGGAGUGGACCAAUCCCAAGGCCAAGAUGGACCAGAUAGUGCUGCGUUAUGGCCUGGUAGGAGAGGAUAGUCCCAAGACCACUUUCCGUCUGCAGCCCACCCUCAGCCAGUACUCCCUGCAGAUGCUGAGGCCAGGCUCGCGCUAUGAGGUGUCCAUCAGUGGAGUUCGCAAGGGCAAUGAGAGUGGAACAAUCUCCACAGAAUUCAGCACCGUUCUGGUGUUCCUCUCAGAGAUCGACGCGCCCAAGAACUUGCGAGUGCUGUCCAAGUUCUCCACCACCCUGGAGCUGGAGUGGGACAACAGCGAGGCGGAGGUAGAGGGGUACCAGGUGGUCUACAGCACCCUAGCAGGGGACCAAUACGAAAAAGUCAUUGUCCCACUCAACGAUGGACCCACCAGCAAGACCACACUCACAAACUUGUUGCCAGGUACAGAGUAUGGCAUUGGCAUAUCGGCUAUGCUUGGCACCAACCAGAGUUUUCCUGCCACAAUGAAUGCCAGAACUGGUCUAGAUGUCCCCAUGGACCUAACUGUGACAGCGUCCACAGACAACACCAUCACCCUGCUGUGGGGGGUGGUACAGGGGCCUAUCGACCACUACAUGGUCACCUACACCUCCUCAUCUGGCCUGACCACGGAGGUGACCAUCCCCAAGGACGUGACCACCACCACGCUCAAUGACCUGGAGCCAGGCACAGAAUACACCAUCACUGUAGCUGCCCAGAGGGGAAGGCAGCAGAGCACUGCAGCCACCAUCGAUGGCUUCACAGGCUUCCGCCCCAUCAUGGCACUCUACUUGUCUGAUGUCACAUGGGACUCGGUGACGGUGGCAUGGAGUGCCCCUGCCCCACCCGCAGACCUCUACAUCCUCACCUAUAGCUCUGAGGACGGCACUGACACGUCCAAGGUUACCCUGGAUGGAUCCAAGACCCGGUCCUCUAUCAAGGGACUCCUGCCCUCCACAGAGUACACCGUCAGCCUUAUCACCAUACAUGGAGAGGUGAAGUCUGAGGCUGUCACAGCCACGCUCACCACAGGAAUGGAUCCACCUAAAGAGAUGACUGUGUCAUAUGCCACUGAAGACUCCGUCAUCAUAUCAUGGUUGAGACCAUUUGCUCCCUUCGACUACUACAAGAUGUCCUAUCAAUCAGCAAGAGGGACAGUGGACAGCGUGGUAAUUGACAAUGACGUCACUAACUACACCCUGUCCAGCCUCCACCCAGCAACAGAGUAUGAGAUCAACCUGAACGUUGUGCGAGGCAGCCAGGAGAGCAAGUCCAUCACCACCAGUGUCUUCACAGCGAUGGACAUGCCAAUGGAACUAACAGCCCUCAACAUUACCCCACAAGGAGCUUUACUCCGGUGGAACCCUCCUCUGUCCAGCGUUGACAACUACGUGUUCACCCUCACCUGCUACCAGGUGACAGCUAAUACCUUCCUGGUGGAAGGUGUGAAACAGGAGCACCAGCUUAGUAAACUCAAGCCCAGCACCACUUACUCUGUAGCCCUCUACGCCACCAAGGGACCCUUGACCAGUGGAACCGUCAUCGCCAACUUUGAAACACCCAUGGACGCUCCUCUGAACCUGACGGCUAGCGAGGUGAACCACCGCAGUGCCCUCAUCUCCUGGCAACCGCCCAUCGCAGACAUCGACAACUACAUGCUCACAUACAAGUCAGUGGACGGCAACAGAAAGGAGCUGAUCCUGGAUGCCGAGGACACUUGGAUCCGUCUGGAGGGGCUGGCAGAAACCACAGAAUACACUGUGAGGUUGCAGGCUGCCAGGGGAUUAGAGACCAGCGGAAUCGUCUCUACGGCCUUCACAACAGGAAAUCGUCUGUUUGCCACCCCCCAGAACUGUGCCCAGCAUCUGUUGAACGGGGAGUCCCUCAAUGGCGUCUACACCAUCUACAUCAACAGAGAUGCCAAUCAGGGAGUGCAGGUCUACUGUGAUAUGACCACAGAUGAAGGAGGCUGGAUCGUGUUCCAACGUCGUCAGAACGGCCUGACAGACUUCUCCAGGAAGUGGAGUGACUACAGGGUCGGCUUUGGAAACCUAGAGGAUGAAUUCUGGCUCGGUUUGGACAACAUACAGAAGCUCUCAGCUCAAGGUCGCUAUGAGCUCCGGAUCGACAUGAAGGAUGGCCAGGAGUCUGUCUACGCCAGCUAUGACAAGUUCGCCAUUGGAGACGUCAGGAAUCUGUACAAACUCAGGAUAGGAGAGUACAAUGGCACAGCUGGGGACUCGCUGAGCUAUCACCAAGGCCGUCCCUUCUCCACCAAGGACAGAGACAAUGACAUCGCCGUGACCAACUGCGCUCUGUCCUACAAAGGAGCCUGGUGGUACAAAAAUUGCCAUCGGGCCAACCUGAACGGGAAAUACGGGGAGUCGAGACACAGUCAGGGUAUCAACUGGUACCACUGGAAGGGCCAUGAGUUCUCUGUCCCCUUUGUGGAGAUGAAAAUGAGGCCGUUCAACUACCGCAGCAUCAGUGGCAAGCGAAGGAGGUCCACUCCUCCAGAAUAAACCCCUACACCUUACCCCUCAACCCCAAUCCAGCUUGCUGUUCCUACUUUUACAUAAGGCUGAAAGACAAAAGGAGGAGCUAUGCAAUUUAUACAAAAUUUGAAUGACAAUGGUUCUGUUAGCUAGCCUAGAUAUCCAGACUGAACUCAGCUCUGUUUCAUGUUUGUUUCACAAUCCAUUCAGUCUGGAUUUUAAGGCUAUCUAUUUGCUAAAAUAGGGAGGUAAACCAUAAGGUUUUUGUGUUUAGUUAUUUGCCCUGUCCUGGAAGGUGAAGAGAUGAACUCAGAGUAGCUGUCAUGAUCUUCUCUCUAUCUAUACAAUAUAAGUACAUGAGAGCUGGGAUUAUUUUCCCCAUUAAAAAAAAAAAAGUAAUUUUAACAAAAUUCUAUAUGCCCGUAAACAAGUAAGAUAUCUCUAUUUUUAUAACUGAUAUUGUAACAAAGUUAAUUUAUUACAUUAUAUAAUUUGAUGCCUUGUUAUUGAUAUUUUUAUUGAAAUAGCAACCCUCCAUGAGUUUCAUAGUCAAAUGCCUGCAUGGAGAAAUUCAUUGGGCAUUGACAAAACAUUGGCACUCAUAAUGAGCCAAUCAGCAUUAGCAAUCACCAAGCUACACACCAGCCUGUAGCAGUGGAUUCAACAUCAGCUAUUGAUUUAUUUAUUUAUGUCCAUUUGUCCAAUUUGCUUUUGAAUAUACAAUAAAAUCCCAAAUCCACACCCUUGUUGGAAUGGAAGAAACAGGAUCAUCAAACAAUAGCUGCUCAACUUGAAAUGUAUAGGCCUAGACUCCAGUGCCCAUUUAGUAAGAAAAUAACAGUGAGCAAGUUAUUUGCGCUGAGGUAAUACAUAGUAUGACCAUUGUCAUUCAAUACUUGUCUUUACACUGCCCUGCAUAACUCAAAUAUAUAACAUUGUUGACCAAUAUUCACAUACGGUAUUCUCCAUGAGGAGAUUCCAACUGAAGAUCCUGUUUAGGAAUUAGCACUCUCAAAUGUUUCCCCGCUAUGUUACUUGCAUUGAUGGUGCUAAUAGUUCUGACAUGAAACCAAAGAUUUGCUGAAGAGAAAAUGCGCUGUCGACAGAGCUUUCUUUCUUUGUAGCCUCAUCAUCACCUUAGCAGAUGUUUUUGUGAUCCUUGGUUUUAGGCCCAGCAACAAUUCUCUUGGUUACUUUGUGAACAUUAGUUCUUUGUCAGUAUUUUAGCAAAUGAUUUGAAAUUGAUAAGCUCAUUUACUGUGUGUUGGUGUUCGAUAGUCGUCCUGUACGUUAUACAAUCCUCCUGUCUCACCCAUAUUUAAUGUUUAACUAUGUUAUGCCACCAGUGCAAGUAACACUUGGCCUGCUGUAGAGAACCCCUCAUGUCCUCGAUGUACAUUUGAUGGAUACACUGUAAUCCUACUUAUCCAAUACUUUUCAUCAAAUCGUUUAACUGUAUUGUUCUCCUUAGUUGUUUUUAUUGACUAAUUGACUCAUAUUUUCAUUCAGAUAUGGCUUAAAUACCCUCACCCAAUCUCUACAAACUGUAACAACCACACAGUGGAUCAUAAUCAUUUUGUACAUUUUAUGUCGUUCAUUGUCCUUUAGACUUGAUGACUUGAAACAAUGGUGAUUGUCCAUCCUAUAGACUACUGGUACUAAUAUAUCCAUAUAAGAAUUAGGAGGAGGAGACAUAUUUCAGUAUUUACCCUUGUAGAUGCAGAGUAAUAUAGAAGCAUUAAGAAACGCUGAUACUACUUCCCCUAUUGUUCUAACCAUAGUUGUUAACACAGACUUGUUUUUAAAAGGGGUGAGCCUACUGCAUGCUAACAAUCAUGAUCAACACCUUCAUGGUAACAACAAACGUGUCAUCAGAAUCUGCAUCGUUGGGAAGGGCUCUUAAGCAAGCAUUUCACGGUAAAUUCUACACCCUUUGUAUUCAGCGCAUGUGACAAAUAAAAUGUGAUUUGAUUUUGAUUUACUUUUGAAUUUAAAUGUAGAAAUUCUCCUCUGAAUUCUGCUUGUCAAGUGACUGUUUCAGAUCUGUUAAUGCAAUGCAUCUCCCAGAGCAAGACAUAGUGUUUUCUUUUUUACUAGAAUAGGAUGUGUACUUAUUUAUUAACUACUUAGACUAACUUUGCUUCAUGGCACUUUGUGCAAGGAAUGAGAGUGAUGAAGCUCUGUAGAUAACAGAUGGAAUGUAUGUAACAUAAGAGAUAUCACUUUUGUCAAACGCUGGUGUGCUCGAAUUGUAAUCCAAAUGCUUACUGACUCCUGCUCUCUUUCACAGAAAUCUGAAAUUAAUGAAUUGUCAAUCAAUCAAUCAGAAUGACACAGUCUUAUUUUGCAAAGCCUCAAGCUUGGUCAAGUGAAGUGUUCUGAUUAUCCAGAAGAUUAUCCAGAAGUUGAUGCAGGCCUAUUCCAAGCUGUAGGACAGGUAUACUGUAGUUCUUAUUUAUGUUAUGAUUCCUUUCAGUAACUUAACCUUUUCCUUCACACCCCUGGUUUAGCAGGGCUGUGUGCAAUGUGCACACACAUUAAGCUAGUUGUCACUAUUUAAACCCCCAGAAUCUCUUCCAAGAAUUCAAGUUGAGGUCUGAGCUGGAACAGUAUUUAAAAUGCAGUGAUUUAAAUACCCUUACCUGUUUUGAUAUGGUUUCAGGGGAGCCUAAAGAGAGAAUAUCUACAAAGAACUAGAAUUUUGAUUGAAAGGUAUUAGAGUAUUAAGAUACUGUUAACUUGUGUUUGGCUUGCGAUGUAAAAGCACAUCUAACUAUUGAAGGGAACCUCAAGUGCAAAUGCAUGUAAUCAAUGGUGGCUGAGAAAAUGCUGAGUGCUAAAGAUUAUAAACAGAUUGAGGGAUACCGAGGAGGAAAAUAAAUGCUCACUAAAAAUGUAUUGUCUGUAAGAAAGGUAAUAGAAUCUCAAUAUGCUGAAUAUAAAGUUGUUUAAUCAUGCCUUUACACUACAGGACAACACUUUGCACAUGCACUAAAUUGUCAAAAGUAUGUGGACACCCCUUCAAAUGAGUGGAUUCAGCUACUUCAGCCACACCCAUUGCUGACAGGUA